AUGACUACGAAACAUUUAUCAAGUAUUCUUAAUCUUCCUAAUUUUAUGAAAGAAUUAAAUGGUAAUUUACUUCUUCAUCAAAAAACAGGAAAUAAAAAAGAACAAAUUAAUUUAUUAAAACAAACAAUAAAUGCAUUAUAUAUCUUUCCAAAUGAAAUUUCUAAAGAUGUAGAUAUUUUAAAAGAGCGUGUAUUACCAUUUGAUCAAAGAACUUCUUCAAAUGGAGAUGAUAACAGAUUAAGUGCUUUUCAUUAUUGUUAUUCAAAUUUAAUUAAUUUAAUAAAAACAAAACAUCCAAAAAAAGCAAGUGUUUAUGCAAUGAAAGAGAUUAAAACAUCAGAAGAAUAUAUUGAAUCAUUAUCUAAAUUUGUUUUUGUACCAUUGUUAUAUCAAGAAGUAUUUAUCUAUAGUUGUUGUGAAGAGUAUUUAACUAUAAUUAAUUUAGAGUAUCAAUCACCUUUAUUAUUUUGUCAAAUACGUUCAUUAGAAAAUAUUGGUAUUGCUUUGGGAGUGUAUUCUCCUUCUCCAGACCUUCUUCAUUGGGACGAUGACUUUCCAUUAAAAUGUUGUCAAUUAAAAUUUGAGUUACCAAAAUUUACACCACCUAAUUUAUCAAAAGCUGUUGGAGAACGUGCCUUAUUUAAUGAAGCAAUGUUAGACAAAUUAAAUUUAUGUAUAAAAUAUCUCCCAGAAGGUAAUGUAAAAUGUUUAAUAAAAAUGAAAUUAGCAUUAUUUUAUUUUCAAAACGCUAAACUUGAACUAGCUUUAGAAUUACUUCUUGAGAUAGCAAAAGAAUUUACUUUAAUGAAUCAUUUAUCAAGAUCAUAUUAUUGUUAUGUACUUGCAUAUCAUUGUACAUCUUCAAUAAAAAAAAGAAUAUUCAUUUUAUUAAGACUAUUAGUACUAUCAAAGAUUGAUGAAGAUACUAAAAUAACAAUGGCAACCAACUUUAAUAUUAUUGGACAUCCUUUACUUAAUACUUCUUCAAUUAUCAAUGAAAUAAAACAAUUUUUCACUUCAUCACAAAAAGAAACAAUCAGUGCUGAAAAUGUUAUUACAAUUUCUACUCACCCCACAACACUAACACUAAACAUUCCACUAACGUUAGAAUGUGUUAUUAAUAAUACUGAAUUAAUUUUAUACCCUGACCAACCUAUCGUUUUAACAAUCAACUCUUCUCCUCUUUUGAUUAAAGUUAAGAAUGGUCCAACGCUUCUUGUUCCAACAUCAAUUCAUUCAAAGAAUGAAUCUAAUCAACCUAUUAGUAUGGAAUGUCAUAUGCCAGAAUUUAUUAAAGUAGAUAAAGAAUGGGAAGGAAAAGUAGGGGUUAAAAUUGACAUGAAUAAACCUGUUUCAAUAUUCAAGGUUAAAGGUAAAGUCUUUAAAAAAACUACAACUGUAGCUUAUAAAUUAAAAAACUCUAAUGAGUCCAUAGAUGGUAAGAUAUCAAUGAAACAUGGAAUUAUUGAUAUGACCUCAUUUGAAGUGCCAUGUCAAAUUGCAUUGUAUUUACCAAUUAGAGGUUUAAGUUAUGAAAAAAAAGAUUGUAAGUGUUUGUUUAAAUGUGAAGGAGAAUGGCCAUUUAGUCUUGAAACUAUUGCCAUAGUACAAGACCCUAUUUCAUUUCCUAAUACUGUCCAUCCUAUUCAUCAGAACCAACACUGGUGUGUUGAAAUACCUAUUAGCAAUAAAGUAGAUGGUAAAAUCAUGAUUAAAACUAUUGCAUUAAGUGUUAAUAAUGUAAUUAUGAAUAAACUUGAAGAGGACAUUGAGAUCUGUAAAAACCAAAGUUAUAACUAUCUUACUAAUAGUUGUGAAGAUGGAGUCCAACAAUUAGAUGUUGUAUUUGAAUAUAAAGGAAAAAUUUACCAAUAUAAUAAUACUAUAGAUUUUAUUAAAAUACCAACAUUCUAUAAGGUUCAAUACAAAUGGGAUACUUGUGUUAUUAGUAAAGGAGAAUCAGUGAAUGUUAUUUUGUCAAUAACAGCAAAUGAAGAUAAUAAACAUUUAUUAGUUCAAGUAGAUAAUAAUGAAUAUUUUUGUGUUUGUGGAUUUAAUACAAGAAAAAUCCAAUUAGAAGUUGGUGAACAAAUAACAAUCAAUUAUCAAUUUAUUAGUCUUCAUGCAGGAAUAUGUCCAUUACCACUAAUUAAAUUUACUCGUAAUGGAGUAGAUUUACGAGUUGAAUAUGAAAAUGAAUUACCAAACAUAACUGUAUUACAAGAGAGUGAAUGGUUUGAUGUGUUAAAAGAAUGA